AUGCUACACACGCUGGACGUGUUGCAACCUAAAAUCUACGAACCUGUCCUCUCCCCAUCGACCGCAGACAAACCUUCGAGCAGGUACCCUUUCCUGACACCUGAGCUUGGCACGGAUAGAGCAGACCCAAUACUGGGGGAGAAGAGCAACAUCAUGGUGUCGGCGAAUGAUUUUGGUAUGGAUGCGAGCGAGGUCGCGCCUCCUCAGUACAACGCACGGACUCGAGACGCAGAAGCGAAGAUGUAUGAACAGGACAAAUACGAAUACAAGCAGCAGGACUGGACGACAGAGGUGUCGCGAGCUGCCGCUCGGAAUGCUCUAGCAAGACAGCCCAGGAGGACGUCAAUACAUAAGGCAGCUCGACAGCAGUCCAGAAGGAAACAGAAGCCGUUCGCGAAGACGCUCAGGCCGGGCAUCACUGUAGACACCAGUGUGUCAAGGCACCGCGGAGCUGCUCCGCGUCAGGUUUUCCCUCAAGCAGAAGAAGUCAACCUUGUGGAGAACUUCAAGGGUGCCGGCGGCUUUGUCGGUUUUGUAAGCUUAGCCGACUUGGCUGGUGCGCAAGAGGAGGAACGUCCGGCAAAAGGUGGAUGGUGGCAGAGAGCGAGAGCAGCCCGGAUGAAGGGCAAAACCAGCAACAGUACUGAAGCAGUAAAGGUGCCGACAGCGAACGCAGGUGGCGAUAGAAAUGAUUAUGACGACGGCUUCCGCUCCAAGGCGAAGACUAUAAGGGCUCAUGCCCACGUACCAAACCAGGAGACUACGUCAGAGUGGCGAACAGAUGGAGCGCUGCGUAGCAAGACCGACGCGAACGGCGUAGGAGAACAGCACGAAGAGAUGACGAUGCCGAAGUACAAGGGCUUACGACCGGCGCGCUUAACGUUGACAGACAUAUCGCCUUCCGAUCGACCGAUCCAGAUCGGCAUCUCCAUCCCAUCCGCACGUCUCCCGGAAUUUGUGGUCAGCCCACAGACAGCUGGUGGCUAUGAGCGAGAUGCACUGGGGCCAGCAGGGCACCACCUAGGCCUAGGCGAAGGCGGAGUGGAAACACCAACUGUUAUCAUAACACCAGCAAGAGAAGAUUCUGGGUGGUUCAACAGGACAGGCGAGGACAACAACUCCGACCACCGUCCGCGACCUGCCUCAAGUAUCUAUUCGCGAGCCACUUCCUACUGGCCUAAGCCUGCCGGCACCCAAGAGGCACCUCCCAUGCCAGCGUUACCUGCGAAUUUUGUUGGAGGUGGACGAAGCUCCAUCGUGACGGAAAGAGGAGGCAUACAUGCUUUUGGAGCCGUCUUUGUCUCAGACAUGGGCCGUAAAGCUGGAGGCAGCCAAACGGGACGAGCGAAUAGAGACUCAACCGUCACCGCGUUCGAGGAGGAUGCCGAUGCCAAGCGGAAAGAUCGAGUCAUGUCAGGCUGUACUCUAUUCGAGGAGGACGAGACUCCUCAAACUGCUUCCGCGAAAAGUGCUAAAAGUCUGAACGGCUUGACCCUCGAGACGGUGUUGCCCACACCGCGGCGAUCGCGUGGCUGGUGGAAUGUCAUAACGACGCCUUUCGAGGCUACGCCCAAAGGGAAAUCCCAUUUCUGGACGACCAGCCCGACGAAUGAGGACGACACGCCCGACGUACCAAUGCUACCGGAUAUGGCCUCCAUCGUGGGCCCUCAAAUGGCACAGCAAACCGCAGUCUCUCCACUAGAAUCAACCUGUCCUUCCUCAGCUACUACGCCAGUGACGGCUUCUGCUAUUGGUGUCUCUCCCACAACGUUCCUUGCCAUCAGGUCUCCUGUCAGCCCUGGGAAUCCGGAAGAUUCAGAGCAGACCUGGGCGAUAUACAGCCCGAGUCUAGCAAAGAUCCCUGAAGACACGCGUUCCGAGACAGCGGUUAACACUCCAGAAAGUCGAUUUGUCAACGAGAACAAUCUUAAACAAGCAGUAGCUGUGCAGCCUGUCGUUAUUUGCUCUCAUCCAUCAAUGCAUGAUUCUCCGCCAAGAUCUCAUUUCAGCGUCUUCAGCCCGGAUGAAAGCGACCUCAGCAUCACGCUCGGCGAUGCUUCAACAGAACCUAACUUGCCUAUUGGCAACUCAGAGAACCCAUCGACACAGGCCCCCACUCAACCACUAGCUCAAGCUGUGACUUCGCCAGUGGAUGAGAAUCCGAGAUCACCCACCGUUGGGGAGACACCUGUGGUAGCGAUGGCAUCCGUUGGCACAGUCCAUGCUGCUCGUACGGUUGGUAGGGAGGCGUACCAGCAAGGAACGUCGGGUCAGGAGUCGUACACUGCUUCUGCUUCUUAUCAGAGCCGCAUUCCUCCCCCUAUUGUGAAUAUCACGCUGGCUGAACGCAGCAAUCAACCUCUGCAUUUCUACUCUGAGCCGCCAGAAUACCAGCGGCACGGCCCCGACUCUCGGAGCGCUGGCGUUGCUGGCUUGUAUGGACAGUCAGGGAACAACUAUCCACUGAACCCCAUCUCGCAUCAGCAGUAUCAGGACAAGGACGAGUACGCGCAGGAGAGGUCUCGGGGAGGUCGUCGAUCGGACAACCCGUUCAGGAGAUCGAAAGAUCAAGAUCCAGGCAAGCGGAAGAAGAAGAGGAUAUGCCUGUGGAGCUGCCUGGCAAUCUUCAUCCUGGCCAUCAUCGCGCUCAUUGUCGGACUUGCUGUGGGCUUGACGAGGAAGCCCAAGAACGACAUGCCGGUCGAGUCGCGGUGGCUCAACCUGACGGGUUAUCCUCCUAUCCCAACCGGCAUUUCCACGGUCGCAAGACUCGACACCAUCAAAGAAGUCUCCGGAUGCGUAAACCCCUCUACAGUAUGGAGUUGUGCUGUGCCUAAGGAGGAGCAGGAAUCCAUCGCCCCCAACGCGCCCAACCAGCCAAACUUCCGACUCGAGAUCCGCUUCGUGAACGGCAGCAUCUCCAACUCAUCCGCCACCCAAACUCUGAGCCGCCGAAGCUCCUCCCGCCACUUCCAACCCCGCGACACCUUCCUCGACACGAUCCUUAACCCCUCCCCCCGCGUCCCCACCCUCGAAGACCAGCGCUUCCUCGGCAACACAACCGAUGACCACGCCCUCCCCUUCGAAGGCGAAUCCACGCCCUUCUACCUCUCCUUCCUAAACCCGGCCCCCCUGCCCUCGCGGCUGGCAAAGCGCCAAACCCGCCCCACCAACACCACCACCCCAUCCCCAUCCUCAUCCUCAGAUGACGCACUCGUCUCCCGCCUCGCCUCCCUCAUCCCCACCCCCGCCACCAACCCCGACGGCUCCGGCGCCGCAGCGCCAGCGAACCUGUACCCGCUGCCCACAGCGCAGCCCCUGCGCCUCUUCGACCGCGGCCUACCGACCGAGCAUUACGGGUUCUACACCUACUUCGAGCGGUCCAUCUUCCUGCGGUCGCUGAACUCGACCGCGGAAAAGGAGGCCGGCGAAACGGGCAACGUGGCCGCUGAUCUCGAUGGCGGUGCUGCGGCUGAGGGCGCGAAUUUCCGCUGCUCGUGGACGCAGACGAGGUUUAGGGUCCAGAUCUGGACGAGGCAGGCCACCCCGCUACUCGGAAACUCCUCUGCUACGGUGCAUUUAGGCGGUGGUGCUAGCGGCGGUAGCAACAAGACGUCUUCGGCGAACACGUUCGCUCAGCCGGGCUCGUUUCCCUACCCGGUAACUAUCACGACGGACCGACAUGGCGGGAGCCUGGACGGGAAGAUGGUGUACUGCUACGCACUGGAUGAACGGGGGCGGUAUAUCCUCAAUGAGAAAGGGAUCCAGCCUGAGCAGCGCAGUUUUGGGGGCACGCCUGUGAAUCCUGCACAAGGGCCUUUUGGGGACGUGCCCGUGUCAUUAGAGGACGGUGGGCCUGGAGGCAUCGAUGGCGGAAGCGGCGGAUGCGAAUGUCAGUGGGUGAACUGGCAGAGAGGAACGUAG